AUGGGCGUUCCAGAGCAAAACCCAAUACCAGUCGCGGCUGAAUUGCCCGCGGCUCAGCAGAGAGGUAACGGCUCCGGAUCUGAAGGUGUUCUUACCCCGGUCGCGAGCAUUCCAAAGGAUGGCAUUGAUCCCAAAGAGGAGAGGGCUUUCCUCAUCUGGGGCAUCCUCACAUGCUGCCUCUCACUUGUCACUAGCGCGAAGCAGGUCUACGGUCUACGUUUCCUCAUCGGCUUCUUUGAGGGCACAGCUUGGCCCGGCUACUUCACUCUCAUCAGCCAGUGGUACAUGCCUCACGAGGUAGCUCUCCGCAUGAGUCUAUACAACAUCGCUCAGCCGGCUGGGGCAAUGCUUUCAGGCGCGAUGCAAGGGGCGCUUUCAACAAACUUUGAAGGUCUGCAUGGGCGCUCUGGCUGGCGCUGGGCAUUCAUCAUCAACGGCGUUUGUACCAUAGCUGUAGCUCUCGCCGCGUUCUUCAUUCUCCCCGGCUACCCCGAACGCCCGAAUCCCCUUGCAAAGUUCUACUUGAAGCCCAAGCACAUUGAGAUUGCCCUUGCCCGUGCUCGCAGGGUCGGCCGCAAGCCUCAGAUUGGCAUCACGAUCAAGUCGUUCGUGCGAUGCUUCUCUUUUUGGCAACUGUGGGCUUUUGCUAUCGCAUGGCCCAUUGGUGGUAACUUUACGCCAGCCAGUUACUUCAACUUGUGGCUCAAGUCAUUGAAGAACGCAGAUGGAUCAGUCAAGUACUCUGUUGCCAUGCUUAACUACUUGCCUAUCAUUGGCCAAGCCGUCCAACUCGUGGCAGAGCUGCUCUUCAGUGGCCUCAGUGACUACUUUGGCGUUCGACUGCCAUUCUUACUUCUGCAUUCGGUAAUUAUCUUGGAUCUUCAGACUUUGUUCCGCUUGGCUGAUAUCGUGCAGGUCAUCAACAUCACUUCACAGAUUAUCCUCAUCAUACGACCCAGCAACCAACAAGCCUACAUGGCUGGCUGGUACAUGAACUACAUCGGAGCUGUCUCCACGAUGCUGCUAUGCUCCUGGGCUUCGGCCCACCUCCAAGGCGAGCCCGAGGUGCGCACCGUCCUCUUCGCCAGCGGAACUGUCCUUGCAUACAUCAUGAGCGCCUUCAUCCCCAUCGCUGCCUUCCCGGCGUCAGAGGCUCCGCACUGGCGAAUCGGCGCGAAGCUGUACCUAGCCUUUGCCUUGGUUUCGGCUGUCAUUUUCGUUGGGAUUCACUUUGCCUUCAAGUGGGAGGACAAGAAGAAGGCGAAGGAGGCGGUCAAGGAAGAGUCUACGGGCGAGCCGGAUAAUGCGCAUUCGGGUGUUAAGUCUGCGGAUAGUGGGGAGAUUGCUGGCACUGUUGCUGGUGAAGAGGCUUUGGGGAAGUUUCAAGACAAGCCCUGA